CAAAAAAGAAGCAGCAGCAGAGUUCAGUGACCCUUCGCACUUCGCAAGAAAAGUAGAGUUCUUUGCGCCUCUCCAACUCAAACUCCACCUUUUCUUGCUCGAAUUUUCAACCCUCGUCUUCUUCAGUCCAAUGGGUCUCCGUCUGCUACUCUCCGCCGCCGUUUUCACUCUCCUCACCAUCUCUUUCUUCUCAGAGGUCCACUCCGCUUCCUUCAAGAUAGUCAACAAGUGCCGGCGCACGAUAUGGCCCGGUCUGCUAUCCGGCGCCAACACGCCACAGCUCCCCACCACCGGGUUCGCGCUUAAGAGCGGCAAGUCCAAGACCAUAACGAUACCCAAGUCAUGGUCGGGUCGGAUGUGGGGUCGGACCCACUGUGGCCGAGACUCCAGCGGCAAGCUCUCAUGCCUCACCGGCGACUGUGGGUCUGGGAUGCUACAGUGCGCUGGCUCUGGGGCAAAGCCUCCUGCCACGCUGGCAGAAUUCACGCUAAAUGGCGCCAACGGGCUGGACUUCUACGACGUGAGCCUCGUCGACGGCUACAACCUCCCGAUGCUUGUUCUACCAAAAGGAGGUACAAGAGGCGGAUGUGGCGCCACCGGAUGUUUAGUGGACUUGAACGGCGCGUGUCCGAAGGAGCUCCGUGUGGCGAGUGGGGGUCGGGUGGUGGCGUGCAGGAGUGCGUGCGAGGCGCUCGGCGAUCCGAGGUUUUGUUGCAGCGAGGCGUUCGCUACGCCUGACACGUGUGGGCCGUCGAUGUACUCACUGUUCUUCAAGUACAUUUGCCCACGCGCGUAUAGCUACGCGUACGAUGAUAAGACCAGUACCUUCACGUGUGCCUCCGCCGAUUACAUGAUCGUAUUCUGCCCGUCACCUUAUACCAGUCAAAAAUUGCUCGGAGCUCGGAAAGAUGGGGCACAGCUACCACUGGUGAACAAGACCACAAUGUACAUACCAAGCCACCAUGCAAACAGUGCUUCAUACUCAGGCAGAUAGUACCUCGAAGUUCAGCUGAAGAAAUGGUGUCAUCUUCUCUGUUGUUGUUCCAGCUCUUUGCUUCUCUCUCACUCUUCCCAUUUGUUGCUGGUUUAAUAGCUCAAUGGCUAAAAUGCAGAUUGGCCACACGAGGCAGGACCCGACAAAUUCCGCGACAAAUCUUGUAUAUACCUUCCUCUGCUCCCUUAACAUGGGGGUUUCCAAUAUGUUACAUAUAAACACCAAUCUUUCCAUGAUUUGAUAUAAGAGUUCAGAAAUCUGAGAUUAGUGUAGUUGGUUGC